CUAAAACAGCCUAUUUAGUCUAUCAUACAAAUCAUUACAUUCUUGUUUACAACAAUUCAAGAAAAAUGGCCAACUUCCCAGUUAUCAACAUGGAAAAGCUUAAUGGCGUUGAGAGAGGAGACGCCAUGGAGCUCAUCAAAGAUGCCUGCGAGAAUUGGGGUUUCUUUGAGUUGGUGAAUCAUGGGAUUCCUCAUGAAGUAAUGGACAACAUUGAGAAAUUGACCAAGGAGCAUUACAAGAAGGUGAUGGAACAAAGGUUUAAGGAUUUGGUGGCAAGCAAGGGUUUGGAAGGUGUACAAGCCGAGGUUACGGAUAUGGAUUGGGAGAGCACUUUCUUCUUGCGCCACCUUCCAGUUUCCACCAUUUCACAAGUCCCUGAUCUCGACGACAAUUACAGGGAGGCAAUGAGAGACUUUGCCAAAAGAUUAGAAAAAUUAGCCGAGGAGCUUCUAGACUUGCUUUGCGAGAACCUCGGACUGGAAAAAGGGUACUUAAAAAAGGCCUUUUAUGGAUCCACAGCUCCAAAUUUCGGCACCAAAGUGAGCAACUAUCCACCCUGCCCCAAACCCGACUUGAUCAAGGGUCUCCGGGCCCACACCGACGCCGGCGGCAUAAUCCUCCUCUUCCAAGACGACAAAGUCAGCGGUCUCCAGCUACUGAAAGACGGGCAAUGGGUGGACGUUCCUCCCAUGCGCCACUCCAUCGUUGUAAACCUCGGGGACCAACUCGAGGUAAUCACCAACGGUAAAUAUAAGAGCGUGGAACAUAGAGUGAUUGCACAAACAAACGGGGCUAGGAUGUCCCUAGCUUCCUUCUACAAUCCGGCAAGCGAUGCAGUCAUCCACCCAGCGCCCGCUCUGGUGGAGAAAGUGGUUGAUGAAGAGAAAGUGUACCCAAAAUUUGUGUUUGACGAUUACAUGAAGUUAUAUGCGGGCUUGAAGUUCCAGCCAAAGGAGCCCAGGUUCCAAGCCAUGAAGGCUGCCCAGAAAGCUUAGAGAUAUACAAGCAAAGACUAUGAAUAAGUGGAGAUUAGACCGGCUGGUGUCAUUAUUCUAUAUUUGUUUUUAAUAAUUGAUGAAUAAACUAGGUCGUAGUCACAAGGACAGGACCACAUUAAUUCUCAUACUAGUGAAGCAUUCUUAUCUAGCUUAUAGAUAUCAAUGUAAUACUAUAGUAUAGCGAAAUUCUAUAAUGUCAAGAAAUAAAAAGAAAAAACAGUGUUUUUUUUUUUUAAUAAA